UUGACUUCUGCAUACACGUUCACAGACUACAGAUCGCAAGGACAAACUAUCAGCACUCCACCCAGCGGAAAGCUCACUCCAUUUGAUGUGUAUGUUGCGUUAUCCCGAGGACAUGACAAAGAUCACAUUGAUUUACGAAUGAGGUUGAACAAAGAAACGAAGGAAUGGUGGGAAGAAAAGUCAAGACUUGAAAUGCAGUUGUAA